AUGCUGCUCUUCCUGGGACUCGUGGUUUCGCUUUCAUGCACCCUUGCUCAGCGAUCAGCAAACACAAAUGAAGACACAAAUGAGGACACAAAUGAAGCCACCACAUUACGUCCCAGAUCGACAACAAGAAGAGUCAUCGUGCCGCCUACUGCUAGAAUUCUUCAGCUUGCCAUCAGAGAUGCAAUCAGUGACUUGAACGAUAUGAUCGACAACGAGCAGAACCAGCGAAACAUUCGUCUCUUCAGAAGAGCAAUUGAAGCCCUCGAUGAAGUGCGGGAAGUCAACUAUGACAGAAAUGCACUAAUUCAGCUGUCAAGAGCCAUACGACGUCUGAACGAUUCGAAUAUUUUGUACAACAGCGACCAAUGCGACCGAAAUUCCGGAGAAUUGGACUACAGCGGCCUGAUCGAUGAUGUAAGAGUUUACAAAUAUUGUACAUUCCAAUCAGUUUCAUAA